GCGUUGCUUUGGCAGGCGUUGGUGGCAGGCAUAGCCAAGUGCGUGGUCAAGGGCGUCGUCAAGGGCGUGAACGAGGGCGUAUCGUAUAUAUCCAACUUACUCCAUCAACAAUCUCGGGCCUACCUGCCGCGUGUUGUCUCUACAUCACCCAGGCCGAACCAAGCGUUCACAACACCUUCACUGCGACCGCGGCGAAUCGCUGGACAGCGCGAUGGUGCGAUGCUGCGACGGGGCUUGCAUACAAUACCGGUGCUCGCACACAAACCACCAACACCCUCCAUUUCCCCCGAGCCUCGACAUCACCACCACGUUUCCAAAACGGUGUUUCAACCGCUCCCAUCUCCCCCGCCCUCCCGCCACCCCCCUGCCCGCUUCAUCGCUCAGGCCUUCAGGUUCGGAUUCGUCACCCGGCGAAUGCAAGGUCUCAAGUGAAUGCAAGAUCGCAUGGCAGGUUACACACCACACCACAUCGCCGCCGCUGCUGGCCAACGACGGGACUUUGAAACCCUCAACUUUCUCUACAACUGAGCGGUCGUCGUUUGGCAUGCACCACGUCAUAUCUGCGAGAAUAGAAAGGGCGGCAAGGGGGCAGGAACGAAAGUCUGAGACAGCGCUGUACGCCAGUAGGUCCAGCAGAGAGGUCUACUACAAUCUCGGCGGGCUAGAUGCUCGACAGACCGUCCAGCGAGGGCGGGACGGCAUGUGCUGCUGGGACCGUCGUUCGGUUUCUGGGGAACGUGGGAUGGGUAGCACUGUUCCUCCUUUUUUCGAUGUGCGGCGUGGACGGGUGGAAUACGAUGCAGCUGAGAGGUGCUGGGAUGGCCGUCAAAGGAGGUGUGAGCAACACUCGUCGUCCACCUGUUCGUCCACCGUGGUUGAGAUCGGAUGUCAAUUAGGUUGUCGACGUACAUACGCCACUGCAUCACGGUGCAGGAUAAACGGCGGACUGGGGACACAACCUGAGCGUAUAUGCUACAUGGCAGUAAAGUACGGAACAGACUUAAACCCCUAUAGAAUGUCUUUGUACCUGUGAUAUCGUGCAUGUAACACUGAACUUCAUCUUGUCUUUGAGGGUUAUAAUGGCUACAAGUUCUGCGGUAAUGUUGGGCAGCUUGGAGGGCACUUGUCCGCUGUUUUUUCUGAAUGUGAGAGGCCGCUGUAACUGUGUUGGACGCCGUCCAUACAUCGUCGAUGCCAGGGGACACAUGGUACGGGGAGUCCUCGAUUCAGGACUCGCCCUCGAUGCGAAGCGGCCGUUGGUAAACGCCUAACAUUUACUCUCACGUUGCAGAAGAGACGGCGGACUGGGGAUGUGAGUUAGGUGCACCACACGACAGUAAAGUAGGGAAAUUACUAGGGAACUCUAUGGAAUGCUUUUUUUA